AUGCUGUGCUCAUCUUGGCUUAGUGCCGCAUUAAAUAAUGUACGAUUUCGUCGACGUGAAAGUGAAAAUAACAACAAAGAAUUGAAAUUUGGGAUGCCAUCACGAUGUCUUUCCACUCCUCAAUCAUUAAAUCGAAGCAUUCCAUCUACUUACGAGAGUAAUCAGCUUACUGCUACACGUUCCACGUCAUAUAUUGAUGGUUUACCUGAGCCUACAUUAUCCAGUGGUAGUCGAACAGCUAUCGUUGGUCCUAAUACAGUACAUCGAAGUCGAGAAGGAUCAGAAUAUGAUUAUGGUAUAACUGAUGAAAGAGGUGAUAUACGAGCUUACUAUAGCAGUGAUAUUACUCGAGCAUAUACAUCACCUUCAACACCUCUCUCUCGAUAUGAUUGUGGUGAUCCGCCACCAUAUUAUUGUCAUAGGCGAAAUACUCAACCAGAAGAUGGUCUGGUAUAUCCACUCUGUUCAACACCAUUGUCUCGUAGUCCACGUUGUGAAUUUUCACAAAUAACUUCAACAAUUGAUGGUUCAAUGUUACCUCGUACUAAUCGACCACGUGAAUUACGAAUUACGCCAUCGUCAUCGUUAGUGAUGCGUACAAAUGAUAAUAGUGGUAAUGGUAGUAAUACUGCAACAUCCAAACAAACUGCUACUAUAUAUUCGACCUCAUUUCGUUCGCACGGUGCAUCAGGAAAUACAACGCCUGCUAGCAGUGGUGCAAGUACAUCAGCUGUAGUUGAUGAAAUAGUACCAAUGAAUUCGACAACAAAUUCUCGAAAGAUGAUGGUAGCUCCACAACCACAGAAUUCAUAUCAUCGAGAGCGUGGUGAUUCCAAUCAUAAAAGUUCACUUCAUACCCAACAGCGACGACAAAGUGGGGGUGCAUUAAUACCCGCAUAUCAUAUUUCAUCGUUUGCUGAUAAUUGGCGAUCUCGAGAUCGUGAUAAUUCAUCAGCUGAUCAACAAAUAAUUGUUGAUGAUCGUCGUACAAAAAAUAAUAACGAUAAGCGGGUAGCAGUCUUAGAGCAACGUGUACGAGAAUUAGAAGCUGCGGUCAUUCCUGGUCAAGCACCAUCAACAUCAUUAUCUGCUACUUCCUUUAUCAUUCCUGUCGUAAAUUCCAAAAAUUCAUCACGUAUUCUUCGUUCUGCUUCGGGUCAAUUCGUAGUUUCAGCUGCAACAACACCAGUAACUCAACAACUUAUGGCACAAGAAGUGGUCGAUAAAGAAAUUGAAGUUGAAAGGUUACAAUCACAGUUGCGCAAAUGUUAUUCACGAAUGGAAUUACGCCAAGUACAAUACGACGAAGAAGUAAAUACAUUUCGUCGUGAAUCUGAAGAAGCUAAAUUGCAAUUAACAAAAGUGAAAGCUCGAUUAGCUGAAUUGGAAAAGGAAUGUGUUGCAUAUCGUGAAAAAGCAAUGGCUGUUGAUGCUAAUCGUAACAGUGCUGUUGCAUCAUCAUUAGAAAAAAUCUCUGCACAGGAGCGAGAAAUUGCAAUGUUAAGGAGUGAUUUGGAGCGACAUAUGCAAUUAGUGAAAAAUUUGGAACGAAUUAAGAAGGAAUAUGAAUUUUUGGAAUUACAGAAUGAAGCAUUGAAUGCAAAACUUGAUUCGAAGGAAGCAACCAUUCGAGAUCUCGAGGAUAGCAUUCAUACAAUGAAAAUGGAUGCAUCUCGUAAAAUGGAAAGUGGUUCGGUGACACCAAAAGCAGAUGCUUUCUCUGUAUUUGAUAUUGAACCAACGAAAUUUCUAAGCAAUUCAAAGGAUUCAAAUGCGAAAAGCGAUCGAUCCUUACAUCCAUCAUCAUCACCAUCCGUAGCAGCAUCAAUAAAUGGCUUAGAAUCAUCAAAACGAGUGGACAAAUCAUCAUCUGUAAUAUUAUCUGAUUCGGAAAAUGAUGACAAAAUUCAACUUUCUGCAUCAACGUCAAAAUUACUUCGAAUUCAGUUGAAUAAAAUAUUGGAAUGUCGAUUAUUGGCUAAAUGUUUAAAGGAUGUAGCUGCAAAAGCAAUUAGCGGUGAUGCACCAAGUGUUAAUCGUUUACUAGGAUGUCGAAGUGAUUCGAUGUCAGAAUCAGAAUCAGAACCAGUACUGAAUGAUGGAAAUGUAAUGUCAUCAAAUUGUGCUGAACGACAUAUUAGAAAGAUUACGGAUGAUUUGGAGCGAAUUGAGAAAGAUUUAAAUUCAUUACGUGAAUGUUUCGUGGAAUAUUAUCAGAAGAAAAUUGCAGAUGAAUUGAAAGAGGAUGAAUCAUGCCGUAUUCAAUAA